CAAUCAAUUGAGAUGAGACUUUUAUGUUCAACAGCAAAUUCUAGCUGGAACAAAAAGCAAAACUACAGAAGAGGAAGAACAAGGAAUCAAGAACAACUACUUUUCAUCAUCAUCUGAUAUCUUUGACACUGAGGAUGGGAUCUCAAGUCUCUAAACAGGUUGAAAGAAGAAAGACAAUCCAUACCCAGAAGAAAACUCUAUAUGAUCUCAAAAGCUCAGGGGAAGACUACCCUGGCUCUGAAUACCACCCCACCGACAGGAAAAACUGGAUGAGUGGUCUCAACCCAGAGAAACUUCACAUCAACCAGAUUGUUUGGCCUGGAACACAUGAUUCUGCAACAAACAAGAUUGGUAUCCCACUCGUCACUCGCCCUUUUGCUCAAUGUCAAUCACUCUCCAUCUACAACCAGCUUGUGAAGGGUACCCGUGUUCUCGACAUUCGGGUGGAGGAGAAUCGCCGUGUGUGCCACGGUAUCCUCGUUACUUACAGUGUUGAUGUUGUGAUCAAUGAUGUCAAGAAGUUUCUGUCAGAAACAGAGCAUGAGAUCAUAAUCCUUGAGAUCAGAACAGAGUUUGGCCAUGAGGAUCCACCUGAAUUCUCCAAGUACUUGGAGGAAAAUUUGGGUGAGUACUUGAUUUCCCAGGAUGAUCAUGUUUUUGGCAAGACCAUCACUGAGGUGUUACCCAAGAGAGUUAUAUGCGUUUGGAAGCCGAGAAAAUCUCCACAGCCUAAAACAGGGGAUCCCCUGUGGAGUGCAGGGUAUCUGAAGGAUAAUUGGAUCAACACUGAUCUGCCAUCAACCAAGUUCGAUGGAAAUUUGAAGCAUUUGGGCGAGCAUCCACCGGUUUCGGCGAGGAAAUACUUCUACAGGGUGGAGAACACGGUGACUCCGGUGGCGGAUAACCCUGUUCUGUGUGUGAAACCUGUCACCAGACGCAUUCAUGGGUAUGCUAGGCUCUUCAUUGCUCAGUGCUUCGCUAACGGCUGCGCUGAUAAGCUUCAGGUUUUGUCCACUGAUUUCAUUGAUGAGGAUUUUGUUGAUGCUUGUGUUGGACUCACCCAUGCAAGAAUUGAAGGAAAAGUCUGAAAAUUCUCUAAAAACUCAAAUUUGUUCUGCCAUGUCUUGUGCUUCCACUUCACCUCUUAAAUUAUCAUUGUUUCUUUCUGAUGUUUUCUGUAUUAUCUGUAGAUCAUAGCUGAUAUGGUGCUCCGUGCUCCUGUACUGUAUAUUUUAUUUGUUGGUUGGGAAAUGUGGGUGAAUUUGAUUGUAAAUUAUGUAAUUAUAUCAGAAUACAACAUGUUAUAUUGUAUGUGCCUAUGUGGCUUUUGAAA